UCAUGGCCUUGUAGCUUCUCCUCUCCAGGGAGAUGGAUGACGUUUCGGAGAGGCAAAUGCAACGUCGCGGCCAUGGCUAUGAAUUCCGUGCUUCCGAAGCUGCCAACACUUUGUCAGGAGAUGCGUACACCAGCGGGCAGGAUCACCUGCUGCCGAUAGCCAACGUGGGGCGGAUCAUGAAGAAGGCGCUGCCGCCGAACGCCAAGAUCUCGAAACAAGCCAAGGAGACAAUGCAGGAGUGUGCUUCCGAGUUCAUCGGCUUCAUCACGGGGGAAGCUGCCGACAGCUGCCAGAAGAACAACCGCAAGACCAUCAACGGCGACGACAUCUGCGCCGCCAUGAAGACGCUUGGCCUUGACGACUACGCUGAUGCCAUGAGAAGAUACUUGCACAGGUACAAGGAGCACGAAGAGAAGGCAACCUCUAGGGAUCACAACAGGAUUGCUUGCAUCGAUGUUGUCGAUGAAUUGUCGGUCUCCAAGACCAGCUCAUCGAGAAGGCAUCUGUUUCCUACCAAUCCUUCGGUAGGUUGAUGGAUAAUGGCAUGAUGUACAUCUACAACUGUCGAAUGAUACGCAACGUUUCCAAUUUGAUUUUGUGCAUUGCCAAUUGAUCUUAGAAUGGCAUGAUUUAGGCAUUUGAACACAGAAAAUUGGCAAUUUUUCUCUACGAUUGCUGUAGAUAUUAUGCAUAUGAUCUGAUCUUCUUGUUCUUGUGUGGAGAUCAAGAAGCCAUAGAAGGGCUGCUGCAUUUGAACAUCAAAGCACUUGGAAAUUUCUUGACU